CUCAGAUCCGUCAGACCACAGACCCGACUAGAGACAACAACACUGACACAUCGGGACCGCAUUUCAGUUCGCAGCCGGCCAUGGGUGUAGUCUCUCCGCGGACUCAGUAGCACCGCCGGUAAAACCUGCAGGUUUCCUCCUCAUGAAGGAGCUCCGUCCCGGCUGAGUUUGGGAGAUGGGAGUCCAAAACAUCGCAGACCAGCCUCCUCUGGUCCAGGCUGUCUUCAAUCGUAAUGCUGAAGAAGUUCAACUACUAUUGCACAAAAAGGAGGAUGUCAAUGCACUGGACCAAGAGCGCCGUACUCCACUUCAUGCUGCUGCCUGUGUGGGGGACGUCCAUAUAAUGGACCUCCUCAUCGAAUCAGGUGCCACUGUAAAUGCUAAGGACCAUGUCUGGUUGACCCCGUUGCACAGAGCGGCCGCUUCCAGGAAUGAAAGGGCCGUCGGGCUGCUGCUGCGGCGCGGAGCCGAGGCGACGGCUCGAGAUAAGUUCUGGCAGACGCCGCUGCACGUGGCGGCCGCUAACCGCUCGACGCGCUGCGCUGAGGCGUUGCUCUCCCAGCAGAGCAACCUGAACAUGGCCGACCGCUACGGCAGGACGGCGCUGCACCACGCCGCGCAGAGCGGCUUUCAGGAGAUGGUGAAGCUGCUGCUGAACAAAGGGGCCAACCUGAGCGCCAUCGAUAAGAAGGAGAGACAGCCCAUCCAUUGUGCUGCUUACUUGGGGCAUUCGGAGGUGGUGAAGCUGCUGGUGUCGCGCAGCGCCGAUAAGAGCUGUAAGGAUAAGCAGGGCUACACCCCCCUCCACGCUGCGGCCGCCAGUGGACACCUGGACAUCGUGAAGUACCUGCUGAGGAUGGGCACAGAGAUUGGUGCGGUGUCGGAUGUGUUUGGGGAGAGAGCUGCAGAGGGGGGGGUCGGUGGCAGAGGAGAAGGCUCCGCCCCCCCGGGUCCGUCGCUCGGCCCCGUGAGGUGGAGACAGGAAGUGAGCGUCAGAGGAGCGAAGGCGGCAGGAAGGAGUGUGGUGGUGGAGCAGGUCGGCGAGAUCGACGAGCCCAACGGCUUCGGGAACACGGCGCUGCACGUGGCCUGCUACACGGGGCAGGAGGCGGUGGCCAACGAGCUGGUGAACCACGGAGCCAACGUGAACCAGCCCAACCGCUGCGGGUACACCCCACUUCACCUGGCCGCCGUCUCCACCAACGGAGCCCUCUGCCUGGAGCUGCUGGUCAACAACGGGGCGGACGUCAACCAGCAGAGCAAAAAAGGGAAGAGCCCCCUGCACAUGGCAGCCAUUCACGGACGCUUCACACGCUCUCAGAUCCUCAUCCAGAACGGUGGGGAGAUCGACUGCGUGGAUAAGUACGGCAAUACUCCUCUCCACGUUGCUGCUAAGUACGGCCAUGAACUGCUGAUCAGCACUCUGAUGACCAACGGAGCAGACACGGCCAGGCGUGGGAUCCAUGGAAUGUUCCCUCUGCACUUAGCGGUGCUCUACGGGUUUUCAGACUGUUGUCGCAAGUUACUCUCCUCAGGUCAGCUGUACAGUAUCGUCUCCUCCAUGAGUAAGGAGCACGUUCUCUCAGCUGGGUUUGACAUAAACACCCCCGAUAACUUUGGGAGGACCUGUCUACACGCUGCUGCCUCCGGAGGAAACGUUGAAUGUCUGAACUUGCUCUUAAGUAGCGGGACCGACUUGAAUAAGAGGGACAUAAUGGGAAGGACCCCGUUGCACUAUGCGGCUGCUAAUGGGAGGUACCAGUGCACUGUGACGCUGGUGAGCGCCGGCGCUGAGGUCAACGAGCCGGACCAGACGGGCUGCACCCCCCUGCACUACUCCGCCGCCUCGCAGGCCUUCAGCAGAGCUGAUCGGCAUUUUUCUGCAAACCAUCAGAACGAUGAGGACGAAGCCAAGGAGUCGUACUUCUGCUUGGAGCAUCUCCUCGAUAACGGAGCGGAUCCAUCCAUGGUGAACUCAAAGGGUUACAGCGCCGUUCACUACGCAGCGUACCACGGGAACAAACAGAACCUGGAGCUGCUCCUGGAGAUGUCCUUUAACGCACUAGGAGACAUCGAGAGCAGCAUUCCAGUCAGUCCUCUGCACCUCGCUGCUGAUAAGGGUCACUGGCAGGCGCUGCGUGUCCUGACGGAGACGGCGGCGUACGUGGACAUGCAGGACGCCGCGGGGCGCUCGGUGCUCUACCUGGCGGCUCAGAAAGGGUUCCCACGCUGCGUGGAGGUGCUGCUGGCUCAGGGAGCGUCCUGCCUGCUCAACGACACCCGCCUCAUGUGGACGCCCAUCCACGUCGCAGCCUCCAACGGUCACUCGGACUGCCUGCGGAUGAUGAUCGAUUACGGGGAGGAGGGGGAUCUCACCAACGUGGCGGACAAAUUUGGACAGACCCCGCUGAUGCUCGCUGUCUUGGGGGGUCACACUGACUGCGUCGACUUCCUGUUGGAGAAGGGGGCUCUGCCCGACGCCAAGGACAAGAGGGGCAGCACGGCUCUGCACAGAGGGGCGGUGUUGGGGCACGAUGACUGUGUGUGUGCGCUGCUGCAGCACAAAGCGUCCGCUGUGUGUCGGGACGUGCAGGGCCGGACGCCGCUGCACUACGCCGCCUCCAGAGGACACACAGAGAUCCUGGCGGCGCUGGUGCAGGCGGCGCUGACCGCAGACACGCAGAACAACAUGCUGGACGACAAGCAGUACACCCCCCUGCACUGGGCCGCGUACAAAGGGCAUGAAGCGUGUCUGGAGGUCUUACUUGAAUUCAAAACAUUAAUCCAUGAAGAGGGAAACCCGUUCACCCCCCUGCACUGUGCUCUGAUGAACGGACACAGCGGCGCUGCAGAGCGGCUGCUGGAGUCAGCGGGGGUUCACAUGAUCAACACCAGAGAUGCCAAAGGAAGGACCCCCCUGCAUGCCGCUGCGUUCGCUGAGGACGUCGCCGGCCUUCAGCUGGUGCUGCGUCACGGCUCAGAGAUCAACGCCGUGGACGUCAGCGGCUGCUCCGCCCUGAUGGUGGCUGCCGAUAAGGGACACAGCGGCACCGUGGCCAUCCUCCUGCACCGGGCCAAGGCUGACCUGACGCUGCUGGACGAGAACAAGAACACUGCCCUGCACCUCGCCUGCAGCAAGGCUCAUGAGAUGUGCGCUCUGCUGAUCCUCGGGGAGAUCCACAGUCCGACCCUCAUCAACGCCACCAACAGCACUCUGCAGAUGCCGCUGCACCUGGCGGCUCGUAACGGGCUGGCGACGGUGGUGCAGGCGCUGCUGAGCAGAGGAGCCACGGUGCUUGCUGUGGAUGAAGAAGGCCACACCCCGGCUCUGGCGUGCGCCCCUAACAAGGACGUGGCGGACUGCCUGGCUCUGAUCCUCUCCACCAUGAAGCCUUUCCCCCCGCGGGACCCUUCCUCCUCCUGCUCCUGCUCCCCGCCCACCGUGUCCCCCUCUCCGGCUCUGAACCUCCUGAAGCACUGCGGCAUCACGGCCGCCUGCGCCCCGCUGCCCAGCAACGGCCUCCACAACGGCUACGUGAAGGAGCGUCACGGCGCCGCGGUGGGGCUGGACGGCUGCCUGUCUGAGUGAGGACCCCCACCCUCGCCAGCCCUCAGCCAGCUGCUAACACCACCACCACCACCAUCGCCACCGGGAUGGGGGGCUCCCUUUAACCCAGAGGACCAGGAAGCACCGCCCACACGUCUGUUCUGUGUGUGUGUGUGUGUGUGUGUGUGUGUGUGGGGUCUUCUCUUGAGGUGCAGUCAAACCUUAUAUGCAAUUAGAUCCAUUCCUCAUCCCGUAGUGUAAAGCAGAUCGCUCUACAAGGUCACGCAGAUCCAAACCCAAAAGAAUCCGGCCAUUAAAGAAUAAUUUAACCCUUUAAAAGCAUAACGAUUAUAUAACCUGAAGCAUGGGGGUCAUAUCGCUCAGUAGAAACACCAUAUCAUGUGAUCAGUGACCUUGUAGAGGACCCUCCCCUGAAGAACGAUCGAAGACUCUCCCUUUGAUCGUUCCUCCUUUCCUCUUAUUUUUUUUUUUAAUUGUCCGUUAGAUUUUUAUGAAGGAACCACACAAGGGAAAAAAAAUCUCAAUUCUGACAGAGUGCAAUGCUUGUGUACUACAGUACAGUCCGAACACCUUCUGGAAAAAAGGGUCUCGAUUAAUUCCAUAGUGUUCUUUAAAGAAAGAAAAAAAACUCCGGCAUUUUAGGACGAUUUGGUAAAAGCUGCUGAUUCACACAUGCCGACUUCCUGUUUGAAAGAUGCUAAAAUACGUGUUUGUUAAAGCUAGAAUGUUUCUAAGCAUAUAACUUAUGACCAAAGUUGAUCAACACUAUUAUGGCUAUAAAUUAUUUAUUUGAGAUAAAGUGUACUGUACAGAGAAAGACAAUAGAUCUCGAUAUACCUCGUCAAUCGUUUAGCAGCUGCUCAUCUUCACCAGGCGGAGGAGAAACCGUAGGAUAGAGACUGACUGAGGCCUUUAAGAGGAAGGCUCUACUCGUAAUAUCUGCCAACAACACCUCAUCAAAGCAUCGUCUAUCCGAGCACAUAAAGUGAACAAGCCAUUUCAAUUUCUUUCCCAUCUCUUUUUCAACAGUGUUUCUUUCUUUGGAAGGUUUUUCAGAAAAGACGAGUCGGAUUGUGGUGUUUGUUUUUUUAAGGCACUUUUUUGUUUUUGUUUGUGUUUCUGGAGCUUUUAAAGGAGCUGGUGAGCGAGUCUUAACCAUCUCUUCGUGGUCAAUUCAAACAGAUAAGAGAGUAAUGUCUGCUACGUUUUAUUGGGCAGUUUUUCAAGCAAUAUUUUCUUUAUUUUGGCCCUUUUGUUUUGUUAUGAAUAGACAAUCACUGUCACAAAGGGCUUCUGUUUCCCUGGAAUGUGUUUCUGUUUUAUUAUUUCAUGAAAUAAUUAACCUAAAGACUAAACGAAUGGCUCUCUGUGUGUAUGUGUGUGUGUGUGUGCCGGGCAUUUUACUGUCAGUGUCAACACAAAUGCACUGGAUCGCCUUCUAUGGCAUCUCAUGAAAUGCCUUUUUGACCCAUGCCUUCCGUCACACAUCGUUUCAGUUGGAGCCCUGAGAAUCUUUCACACACACACACACACACCUUUUUACAGCAUUGUUGCACCCGUAGUGGGAGAGAAAAAACAAAACCAAUAGUUCAAUAUGUCCGAGACAGGGAGCUGAUUCCCUUCCAGAGGAGCGGGGAUCUUUGCUGAGGCCAACACCUGUUGUUGUUGUUGUUGUUUAGAUUUCAGGAAUAGCAGAAAUCCAAAUAUGUGCUUUUUUUUUGUGGUCUCCUCAUCCCAUUUCUUCUGGUACUCAAGAUGAUUGUAUCGGACCACUAGAGCUGUCAGUCUGUGACUUUAUAUCUAUGCUUUUCUAGAUUACACUGAGUCAGAUUGUUCUCUCCACCGGUGUGAUUCAGAGCGCCGGUCAUGAAGAGGCACAAUUGCACACAGGCGACCGGACGAGAGACGAGGACCUAGGAUGAUGGUUUAUCAUGACGCGCGUGAUUUAUUAAAACUGACAUGAAGUCCACUUUAAGCAGAACCCGGGUACGUUUACGUGCACAAAAUGAUCCGUUUUAUGCACUUAUUCCAGAAAAAGACGGAGAGGAGGCGCUUCAGUUAUUAUGAAUAGAAAGUAUUAAAACAGUAAUUGAAGAAAUACUUAAACAUAUACAGAAACAGCAAAAACACAGUUAAAAAAUACAACAAAAUGCAGUAUAUUAGAUUUUCAAAGUGGAUAUCUGUGCAGAGCUUGUUCUUCUUCAAGCCUGGCCCUGUUGACACACCAAGCACCUUGUUAGAAAGGUUGCUGCUCACAUCCAGGUGUCUAAAACUGUCAUUUAAAGCAGGCGUGUUGCUCCUUCAGACCAGUGUCACUGCUACAAAAAUCCAGAAUGAGAUGCUAUAAAAAUUGCAAAUGUUCCGUUUGAUUCUGAAUAUCCAAACAUAAUGAUGCCCGUAGUGAAUCGCCCUAUCUGGAAUAACAGUGUGAUGUGUUGAGCGCGUAAACGCAGUCCGGGUUGUUGAUUUGCUGCUGAAAUGAAAGGAAAUGAUCCCCAGCCUUUCUACGUUCUCUUGAACAAAAUUCAAUUCCAUUCUAUUAUUAUUAUUAACAUUAGAAAUAGGUACCUUUUUUGUUGUAAUCUCAGGAUCUGUGCUGAAGCAGCAGGCAGAAGUUAUUAACCAAUCAGAUCUCAGCAUUAUAUCGACUCUGUUGUGACGGGAUAAUUGUUUUACUUGGAAACCCAAAUCCCACAGCACUUAAUAAUUAGAUAGUGAAGCACGCACUUUAGUACAUUCAGGUUCUAAGUGCGCAACAUGGAGCAUAUGUAAGUGUGUACUUAUGUUUACAUGCGUGUGUGUGUGUUGCUGCUGAAUACAGGAAGGAAGGGUCGCGCAACCAAGUCGUACUCAAACGAUGCAUUAUUUAAAAAUCAAAAGACAAAAAAAACUAACGGGACUCCACUGCCCUCCUCUUGUGUUUGUGAGUUAUAUUUCAGGGCGAACGGCCCAGAGUUAAAGGGACGAGGUGACGUCACCCAGCCUGCUGCUGACAGAAGUCACUGCGAGCUGCGGCUCCUCGGAAAUCUCAAACUGAACCCUUCUGUUGAACCACAGUAUUCUCAUACAUGCUUUUUUUAUUUGUGCGAGUGAUUGUGCAUGCAGCUAGAUCCUGAUUUUGUAAAGAUGAGAGCUGCAGGACGACUGCAGUCAUUCGAUUCAUCGCUUGCUGUUUGAAAUGUCAGAAAUAGGAUGCAACACAAAAGUCCUUGGUCAGACGUGUAACAUCAGAGAAACAUGCCCUCUACGUUAGUGAGAAGCGUGUCUCAAAGUCUGUCUUGCAAUGUCAGAGAUAUUCACUCUGAAACAGGAGAGAGGCGUUAACACCGGAGCUGAAGUCUGCAUUUUCAAAUCCACGAUGAAUCGAUCCAUUGAUUUGUCGUUGUUGCAGCUCUGGUAUUGGUUAAGCCCGAACGGAGCGUGUACCUGGUGAAGCAAUGAGAGGUCCAACCAUAGCAAUAGAGAGGGUGUGUGUUACCGUGUGCAGCACAAACAUUGCGCUGCCAUCCGUUCAGGCCGGUUCAGCAAAUCGGAGCGUAAAUGCCAAUGGAAGAUUUAAAAGAAAUGAAACUGCGGGUUUAAGAUGUUCUCCUGAUGAUGAUGUUUGGGAACAAAUGAAGGCCUGUUUGCCAAAAUGCAUCGAGAGGUGGGCGAGAGGAGACCCUCUCUCUAUUAAAGCAACAAAGCAUUUAUGCAUUAGCCGUUAACAGUCUGACCAUCGAAUCUGAGCCAUGUGACUGAAGUGAAUGUAGGGUCAGUUCAGUUCCCCCGCUUCACUCUGUCGGUCUCCGUGUGUGCGCGUAGAUAAGACGAUACAGGUAGCAACCAACUCUCUACAUAUUUAUACGCAGUCUUCCUGCAUUGAUUUCCUUUCUGUUUGAAUAGGCCUGCUGUUGUGUAGUAUCGUGUGUGUGUGUAGCGUACAAGGUAGACACGUUCAUCCAUUCCAUUGAGAUUGCCUUACAGUAAAGAGGGACAAACGGUAGAUCUGAUCACACACUCGUCGUUUAAUAGCCUAUAUUUGACAAAAAUGCACCUAAGCUACACCCAUUUAGUGCCAUAGAAACCUUUAUUUGCCUUUAGACAUCAAUCAUACUCACAUGGUCAGUAAAUAUUCAGAAGUAGGCAGGAGUAUCUGUGUUUGGAGCUGCAUGUUUUUCCACCAGUUAUUAUUCUAUCAGAACUAUAUCAAUAUUUGCAUGGGAUAUUAGAAUGCAAGUAUUCUGUUAACCUGGUAGAAGUCGGUUGUAUAAUUGGACUUUUUUUAAUCCCCUUUGGUAUCGUGUGUGUGUGUGUGUGUGUGUGAGAGUAAUAAGAUCAUGUAUGAGGAAAACCAAUUGUUGAUGUCCAUAAAAAAGCAUGGUAUAGAAUUGAUUUGCCUCAAACAGAUGUCACCGCGCUAUGGGAGAGGAUUAGGGCCACAUGAGAGAAGCAUUUUGGGUUGGGACAAAGUCUGAAAAAAGUUGAGUUCUGAGAUUAAAUUCAGAAACCUGAGAAACACUCGAGAUUCUGGGGAAAUUAAAAUUCCAAAAUUCUUAAUAAGAAUUCUGGAAAAGAAAAAAAUCAAAACCCCAAAAUUUCAGAGAAAGUCAAAUUCUGGGAAAAGUCAAAUAAAGAAUCUCCAGAUUCUGAGAUUUAAAGGUACAGCUUCUUUUGAUUUUGCUCGCAUCCAAAAUCAAUGCCUCAAGUGGCAAUAAUCCUCGUCUGAUGCUUACUUGAAUUAAAACGGCAAAUUUCAAUUCAACUUUCUGAUCCACUGUUGAGCCUUUUGCCUUAAAAAGCUGAAAAAAAUGACCUGGCAGUAAACGUGCGUCACCUGUAGAGAUCUGCUAUUCGUCGGAUUGUUAAAUAAAACUAAUGUUGGACAUCUCCGGGUGUCAAGCACACGGAUGUGAGGAGGAAGCUGACGGUUGCCGGUGCUGCAGAGAUUGUUAAGGAUUUCGCCAUAUUCGCCACUGAAUGAAUGAAUUUCACUCGUAAACAAUCAAAGCUGGCUCCUCCGUCAUCCAGAGCCGGGACACCGGGGGUAAAGUGGUGUACCUCCGAUGAGAAAAGAAACUGUUGCUUAUUGUACAGCUAUGCUAACAGAGUUAAAUCUCGUGGUCCAGUGUGUAAAUCAUGCUUAAACCAGCCUGAAAUCAGAGAGCUGUUAGAUUAGAUGUUUCCUACCCUCUUUGGGGGGGGGGGGCGCCGCGCCUCCUUCUAUCGGACCUGCAGUUUUACCUCAUCAGUGAUGUUGUUGCUGACGUUUCUCCUCUGUGAUUUCUCUCGUCUAGUUUCUCUCUUAUAGUGCGAGUGGCUUCUCAGUAUAUGCAUGUCGGAUAUUUAAAACGUGCUCAAACUACAAACCCUUUCUUAUUUUCAGAUCAUGUUUCUCUUCAUUGCAGCCCACAGAGGUAACACAGGGUGAAGGUAGCUAUAAAACUUUACCUCUGGGAGUCAAAAAGACACUGAAUCUGACUGUAUGGCUCACGCUAGUUUGACCGCCUUCCCCUCCCGUUGACCCCACCAGUAGUGUGUGACACGGAGCUCAGCGGGGGCAUGGUGCCUUUUAUUUGUUACUACCGAAAGGUACGGUCUUCCAUUCGUAUUUCCCAGAAGCCUUAUAAUGGGAAAAGGAAAUGACACUGACUACAGCCCCCCCCGAUCUGAAGACAAAACUCAGAAUAAAUUGCACAUGCGAUGCGAUUUCUCUGCUUUUGAUUAGGGUACAGCAACACAUUUCAAAGGAUGGGGGUUAAAAAAAAAAGCACAAAUCCAAAGAAGGCACCAAAUUUAGGAACGGAGAAACAUGAGUUUGAUUGUUAUAAAUAAAACACAAGAACUGUAGAGAGACCGGCGUCAGAGCUCCUUCUGAUUCUUCCUCUUCAUCCAUUCAAGAUCAAGUGUAGGCAAAGUGUGUGUGUGUGUGUGUGUGUGUGUGUCCGUGCUGCAGAGUGUAGACACGCGUUUCCUGUUAGCCUGGCGCUCGUAGCUGUGUGCAGUGGUAAUAACGGUGUGAUCAUACUAAUAAUAGAAGUGACGUAACAUUCGUUGUCAUUUAACGGCAUGAAUCUCAAGCUGACCUCGUUUUUUGAAAAUAGACAAAAGAUAAAAAGUGCAAUAACCUUUUGUUUAUCGUUGCUCCCUUUGGUUGAGAAAUACUCAUAUUUAAUAUUCAGUUUAACACCAAAAGUCCCUGUCUGUAGAACAGUGUGUGUGUGUGUGUGUGUGUGUGUGUGUGUUUGUACGCGCAGAGAGGCGGCAUUUGAUCGUGUGUGUGUUUGAUAUUUCAUCUGAAAACUGUGAUUAUAAUAUCUGACUUUUAAAAAGCUGCCUGCUCAGAGAAGGACUGCACAAGUUGACUGAUAGAUUUGAGUAGGUGCAGCUUUUGGGACUUUGAUGGUAUAGUAGUUCUGCUUCUAGCCGGUUCAUUUGCAUGUGUAGACGUGGAUAUGCAUCCUCCUCCUCCUCCUCCUCCUCCUCCUCGAAUGAAAUGUUUUCUCAAAAAUAUUUAGACCUGCUGUCAGUGACGUGUGCGGAUACAAGGAAAUAUGAAAUGCCUUAUAUUUGUUUUCAGUGUCGAGCAUUAAGGGUUCUUCCCGUGUCCCUCCCUCUUCAGCGUGUAGCCUAAAGCGUGUGCAGAUAAGACGCUCUUGAGAUUUCUAUCUACUGUAUAGCCUGUGUGUGUUCUCAUGUGUUUCCUGGAGGUCCUGUGAUUGUGGUUUUAGAGAAAAACAUUCCCCUUUUUGAAAGUGCCGUUUGUUUUCACCAGCAGAGGAGGGGAAAGUGUAUUUCCACAAAGGAAAACAAACACUUUCCGGUGUUUACUGUCGAACUGAAUGACACAAAGUAUUUGUGCAGGUGAAAUAAGGCAGCAAUCUUCUGAUGCAGCACCUUAUAGACUUCUUCUUCUGUGGAAAUGGUCCCACGCAUUACUGUAAAGCAGAGCCAUAUCAGACAAUUUGCCCCUUAGGAGCCCCUUUGAAUGUGCUAUUAGGAAUAGCCUACUGUAGGAAAGGAUGUAGUUCUGCAUGUUCUGUGACUUUUGUUUGUAGCGGGUCGUCCCUUUUCAUGUGUUUAUGUUUAGUCCGCUUCACUGUAGACGGCGCCACCUCAUUGCAACUCACGAGCUAUUAAACAAUCCUCCCGACUGGACGUAGAGCAGCCUUAACUCAGCGAGCUAACCGUAUGAUAAAGGGUUGCCUGUUUUUACGUUGAGUGGCUUAUCUGGGGGAUUAAGAGGGGGCUGAAUCAGGGCGUGUGAUGAGUUACAAUCAAAACGUUUCACAGUGCACCUUCACAAAAAAAAAAAAGGAUUUCAAAAUAAGAGUUGGCUCGUCCGACCUACAUUCCAAAGUCGACUUUAAUUUCUCCGCCGAUCAAGGAAAUCUUUUUUUGUGCUUUUGCUGGUGAAAGAAGUGCGUCAAUGACAGGGUUCCCUACUUUAACGCUGAUUACCUCAUUUACAAAUCUGCAAAUAUCCUGCUCUACUGUGUGUGAUAAAGGAGUCGAUGCCAUCACCAGCACCUGUGAUGCCGACAGGACCAAUGAAGUUAGAACAGCAGUGUAGAGUCGACGCCCGGGCGGGACAAGUAGGGUUAAGACGUUUUAAAUUAUUUUGUGAGGCCGCUAAGAUUUCUCCAGUUUGUAAAAAUAUCCACCGCUGCUGCACCAGUCUGCACCCAGAGCUGUAGGGGGGGUGCUAUUUGAGAUUUGUGGUCAGAUAUAUGACGGCGCAUUAAGGUCUUUGUUGGUAAGAAUAAUAAUUAUAGAACCGGAGAAAAAAAGGGUUGAUGUGACGAGAAAUAAGUUUGGUUAAAAACGUGUAAAUAAUCAGUACUUCUUGGCAGGAAAAGUUUCUGAUAAAUUUGGUAGAUUUAAAGAAAGACACCUGCUCAGAUCAGAGUAAUUAAAACAAAAAGUUCUGCAAAUAAAACCAUAAACUCACAAGACGUUCUCUGGGAUUGAAAACUGCAUUUUAAGAUAAGUCUUAAAUUUAAGAGCAAGAAUCCGAUGAAUUCAGAUAAUAAUUCCUCCUGAGACCUGGAAAAAUAAAGGUUAGAAAUCAGAGAAAAUAAGUCAAAUUCUGGUGAAAGAAAACCAAAGUUCAGAGGAAAACUCCAAUUCUGGGGAAAUCUACAUUCUGAGUUUUACUUCAUUUAGAUUUUGUAUUGUCAUGUUCUGACUUCAAUCUUACAGCAUCCCCCGUCUCCCCCGUCUCCCUAAUGUUAAGUGUUAUUAUUACCUACAGAGCCACCUAUAUGCCGUCGUACAGAUCACGAUCUCCUUGCGACGGGCUGCCGCGGCGGCUGCAGGCGUUCCUCCACGUUAGCAUCACUUGCUGUUUUUCAGUAGCAUUUCUCCUACCUCCAUGUUUUUGCAGCCUUGAGUAUUGUUUGUCUCUCCACCUAUAAUAAAAGAUACUCACAGUACGGGAUUACAGAUUUAUCAUAAGCAAUGGUAGUUUAAAACAUAACGUGUGCUUGGUUGUGCUGUAUGUGUAUAUGUCUUAUUUGACGUUGAUUAAAAAAACAAACUAUUUAUGAGAAGCAUUUAUACGACAAAAUACCACUGGAAUGUGAAGCCAGACAAUGUUAUGAUGCAGAUUAUGAUGAUAGUCUAUCCCCUUUAACAUUCAGAGGACUUUUAUUUCACCAUGCAUUGGCUUUUAUUUUUGUUUCCUCGUACUGCCCCGUGUAGUUUGCAUUACUCCGACGUUUACAGCUUCGCCGUCGCUCCGUUGUUCCCCCGCAGCUGUAAAAGAAAAGUGAAAAAUGGUGGAUUUGUAUUUCUGUACGAUGCCUUUCAACACAUUUGUCCACUCAAAACCAAAUUCUACAGGCGUCCGUCUCACUGCCCCACUUGACCUUCAGUUGAACAGUGAGGGGUGGGGAAGGGGGGGCAGGAGGUGAAAGGUUUGAGGUUUUCUGACCCCCCAUUAAACCCCCUUAAUCCAGAACAGGACCCCCACCCUCUACCUGAAACCUCAAGCCAUUCAUUUGUUUAUUUAAUUUUUUGUUUCUUUUUUCUCGACAAUGCAAUCCUGAAAGCACUUUGCCUUGUGAUUCCUUCGUGUGAACAUGUGAAUGAUGAUUUGUUACAACAAUGUUAAAUAUGUAAAAGAUCAUUCACUGUUUUGGAAAAACCUGCAUCUGUCUUUCUGACGUUAAAAGGAAAGGAAAAAAAACAAUUUAGUGACAUUAAGAACCUGAAUCUAUUUUAUAAAAUGUUUGCUGCAGCCAAUUGGUCUUGUCAUUCAGUAUUGUGGCUUAGGGUUGUUUGUGUUCAAUAAAGUGCUAUUGCUAAAUA